UCUCCAAGCACACACACACACACACACACACACACACUCACACACACAAACACAGAGAUAUGGUCCGGGGUACUCAGCUGUGCAGAUUUCAUUUAGAGGGGUCGAGGAGCAAUUGUCAAGACAUGGACUUUAGCCAAAAGAAGCACUGAAAAGCGCUUGACUGCUUGGACUGGACACUGAAUAACUCCAGCUGACCUUGGAAAACUGAACGGAGGGAAGUCAAAUUGUGUGACGCAAGAGUACAUCCAGUUCCAUAAUGGCCAUCCCAAAUGACCUCUCCAUUUUCUACUCAACCUCCUCCCCCUAUUUAACGACAGAGAUCUAUCAGAACACCUCUUUUGCCCCCUCUGCCCCCCCCUGCGCAGACUGGCCUCCUGUCCCCAUGACCACAGUCAUCCCCACCAUCUACAGUAUUAUCUGCGUGCUGGGAACUGUGGCCAAUGCCCUGGCAGUGUCCGUGUUGGCCCAUGCCAGCGCCUCAAGGAGAACUGUAGCUAACACUUUCAUGCUGAACCUGUGUGUGUCUGACCUGCUGUUUCUUCUGUCUCUCCCACUGUGGGCCGUCUACUACUCCCGGGGCUACAGCUGGCCCUUUGGCAAGGUGGCCUGCAAACUCUGUGGGGUGCUCCACAACCUCAACCUCUACGCCUCUAUCUUCUUCAUUACAUCCAUGAGCAUGGACCGCUACCUGGCCAUAGUGCAUCCGCUCCGCUCUCAGAGUGCACGAGACCCCAAACGUGCCCGUCUCACGUGCAUCCUGGUGUGGGUUCUGGCAUGUGCUUGCUCAGCCCCCACCUUGGCUCUGAGGGACGCACGUUACGUCAAAGGGCUUGAUGUGGAGGCCUGUGCGAUUUUCUAUCCUAAUCAUAAUUGGUAUAUGACCCUGGUCUGCAUGAAAAUUGUUCUGGCCUUCCUCCUGCCGCUGAUGGUAAUCUCUUGUUGCUACUGUGCUAUUGGUAGACAUUUGUUGGCUGAUACAGGGCUGGUAAGAAUGAAGAAUCCGUCGCACCCCUCCAACAUGUCCUCUUUCAAAUCCCUGGAGUCCAGUAAACCAGAAGGACCCCCGACCCCCUGUGUGAGCCCCAGCUCCUGCGGGGGCAGACCCCUGGAGGGCAGGGGCCUGGAACGGGUUUUGUGGACAGUAGCUGCUGUGGUCCUGGCCUUCUUCCUCUGCUGGUUUCCCUUUCACUGCGUGACCUUCAUAGACGUGCUGAAAAGUGAGGGCCGGCUGGACAGCUGCUGGGUAAACUGGACCAUCCAAAACCUCACCCCUCUCACCCUCUGCUUGGGCUUCUCUAACUCAGCCAUCAACCCCGUGCUCUAUUGCUUCAUUGGGAACCAUUUCCGGGGCCGUCUCGGGGGCCUCUGCAAGGGCCUCUGUGCUUGUUUGAAGGCCCGUGGGGAGGAUCACAGCCAGAAGAGGGGCUCCUUCAGCACCAGGCUGAGCUCCUUCUCCCGAAAACUCAGUGACCUGAAAGACCUUGCGAUUGUGGAGCCCACUGGUCCUGCCUAGACAGCAUUUUCCUUCCCCUCCACUGGCCUCACACCCCAAAGAAUGAACGUCAGAUUGACUGCUGAACUCCACUAAGCACGGAUGUGUGAAACAGAGCUGAUACUAUAAUUGACUGAGUGAAAUUCCAGCAGAGCUCAACUCUGCCCUACAAAGCUAGAAAAAAGAUAAAGAUGUGAAAAAGGGAUUUAAAGUUUUCAGGCUGGUUAUCUAAACCGUGUAACAGAUGAAAUCUACAUUUAAUGCCUUUAUAGGCAGAUUGUUUUACACUCUUGCUUUGGACGGUUUUAAAGCAGCUAAGGCAGCUACAUGACAAUGUGAAAACAAUGUGACAAUGUGAAAGGGAUUCACUUGUAGGGUGAAUUACUCGCUCUACUCAGCGUCGUGGAGCGUAAUAGCAAGUUUCAGCUCAUUGUUUAGCUUUCCCACCCCCAGCUUUACUGUUUUGGUUCACUCUCACUGCUCUCAUGGUGUUGUUUUCAGCCACAGCAGACAGCUGUUUUCAGUUAAAAAAGCUCUAAAAGUCCACUGUACACUAUGUUGUCAGCACCAAACGGCGGACAGACAAGAGAUAAUAACUCGCUGGUGAACUUAGUGGAGCAUGGAGCGGCCAGAUAUUUCUCUCUGGAGUUGGUAGACACCAAAAACAGAACUAACAGAGUGAAUAUGGGAUUUAGAUUCAUCGGGGGGUUAGAAACACGACUCCAAAUGGAUGAUCAUGUUGCUCUGUAACCGCUGGAAGUGUAAAUAAGCAACUGUUUACUAACAAGUUCUCCAUAUCAGUAUAUGUUAAAAGGUGAGGAAUCUGGCAGUUAUCAGUUAUUGUAGGUUUACGGGCGCAGAGAAAAACAUCCUGUAUGGAGUCAGGGGCUGAGCUCGCAGUUACAGCUACUCUGCUAAGCUAAUGUUAGGCUCGCAAUAUUAUAGCAGGACUAGUUUAGCGGCUGCUACCUUUCUUUGUUUCUUCAUCAUUGUAAUAUUUAGCUACUGCCUCAUUCAUAUGGGAUGAUAAACGUAAUUACUAAGAUACUGGAUGAUCAAAAUUGCUUUUUCAGUUACAGGAAAAGGGAAAGAGGAGGUACUUUUAGCAUGUGGUCUGCAGCUUUUCAACUUUGUUUUGGAGUCUUGCAAACUUUCCAUGCAGUUUUUUCUAAAAUUAUACUUUUCUGUGGCAUAAGAAUAUUUGAUAUAGUCAAACAAAUGUCAGAAAGUCAGAUUCUGCUCUUAAAUAAUUUUAUACUAAAUGUGUAGUUAGUGCAUUUUGGGUUUGUAGGGCAGACCAGGCCAAAAAGUUAAUGAGAUAAAACUAUAAAAGGAUAAUUAUUAACCAGUCAUAACAAUGAUACCUUACCUGUUAGUUUUUGGGACCAAGAUAUUAUAUGUGUAAUCCUGUAAUUUGCAACAUUUCUUUUUUUUGUAUUAUUCUUUAAAGAUAGUUUAGAAACAAAAAUCAACGCAUA